AUGGGCUCUGGGCGCGGCCCGCGUCAGAGGACUCGCUCUGUGUCCCCCCCGCAGCUGCCGAUCCUGGCGUCGUCGGUGGUCAGCCUGUACUUCCUCGAGCUCACCGAUGUCUUCAAGCCCGUGCACUCCGGCUUCAGCUGCUACGACCGCAGCCUCAGCAUGCCCUACAUCGAGCCCACGCAGGAGGCCAUCCCCUUCCUCAUGCUGCUGAGCCUGGCCUUCGCCGCGCCCGCCAUCACGAUCAUGGUCGGGGAGGGGAUCCUCUACUGCUGCGUGUCCAAAGGAAGGCCCGGCGCCGGGCUGGAGCCCAACAUCAACGCCGGUGGCUGCAACUUCAACUCCUUCCUGCGAAGGGCCGUCAGAUUCGUCGGUGUGCACGUGUUCGGACUGUGCUCCACGGCCCUCAUCACGGACAUCAUCCAGCUGUCCACGGGGUACCAGGCGCCGUACUUCCUGACCGUGUGCAAGCCCAACUACACCUCCCUGAACGUGUCCUGCAAGGAGAACUCCUACGUCGUGGAAGAUAUCUGCUCAGGGGCCGACCUCACGGUCAUCAACAGCGGCAGGAAAUCGUUCCCGUCCCAGCACGCGACCCUCGCCGCCUUCGCCGCUGUGUACGUGUCGAUGUACUUCAACUCCACGCUAACGGACUCCUCGAAGCUGCUGAAGCCCCUCCUGGUCUUCACCUUCGUCAUCUGCGGCAUCAUCUGCGGGCUGACGCGCAUCACCCAGUACAAGAACCACCCGGUGGACGUCUACUGCGGCUUCUUGAUAGGAGGGGGAAUCGCUCUGUACUUGGGCCUGUACGCCGUGGGGAACUUCCUGCCCAGCGAGGAGAGCCUGUUCCAGCACAGAGAGGCCCUCCGCUCCCUGGCCGACCUCAACCCCGACGCCGGCCGGGCUCUGGCUGCGAAGAACGGGAGCGGCCCCGACGGGAUCGCGCACACCGAGGCCAUCCUCGCCCGCAACCCCCGCGACGCCAGCUCGCUGACCAGCCUCAAGAGGGCCAACGCCGACGUGGAGAUCAUCACCCCGCGGAGCCCCAUGGGCAAGGAGAACAUGGUGACCUUCAGCAACACGCUGCCCAGGGCCAACACCCCGUCGGUGGAAGACCCGGUGCGGAGAAACGCCAGCAUCCAUGCGUCCAUGGACUCGGCGCGCUCCAAGCAGCUGCUCACGCAGUGGAAGUGCAAGAACGAGAGCCGCAAGCUGUCCCUGCAGGUCAUAGAGGCUGAGCCGGGACAGUCGCCACCCAGGUCGGUAGAACUGAGGUCCAGCUCCGAGCCGUCCAGGGUCGGGGUGAACGGGGACCACCAUGGGCCCGGCAACCAGUACCUCAAGAUCCAGCCGGGCGCCGGGCCCGUGUGUAACAACAGCGUGCCCGGGGGGCCCCGCGUGUCCAUCCAGUCCCGCCCGGGGUCCUCGCAGCUGGUGCACAUCCCCGAGGAGACGCAGGAGAACCUGGGCGCCUCGCCCAAGAGCAGCUCCGCCCGGGCCAAGUGGCUGAAGGCCGCGGAGAAGACGGUGACCUGCGGCCGGAACAGCCAGCCCCGGAUCAUGCAGGUCAUCGCCAUGUCCAAGCAGCAGGGCGUCCUGCAGGGCGGCCCCAAGGCCGCCGACGGCGGCGCCGUGUCCUGCACGGGCUCCAUCCGCUACAAGGCCCUGACGGACCACGAGCCCGGCGGCAUCGUCCGGGUGGAGGCGCACCCCGAGAACAGCAGGCCCGUCGUGCAGAUCCCGUCCACCGAGGGCGAGGGCAGCGGCUCCUGGAAGUGGAAGGCCCCCGAGAAGGGCGUCCUCCGUCAGACCUACGAGCUCAACGACCUCAACAGGGACUCGGAGAGCUGCGAGGCCCUGAGGGACACGUUCGGCUCCGGGGACCGCAAAAGGAGCAACAUCGACGGCGGCGAGCACCCGCACCACGCCAUCGCCACCAUCCGCGUCACGCCCGUCGAGGGCAGCGAGGUCGGCUCCGAGACGCUGUCGGUCUCCUCCUCGCGCGACUCCACCCUCCGGAGGAAGGGCAACAUCAUCCUGAUCCCCGAGAGGGGCAACAGCCCCGAGAACACCAGGAACAUCUUCUACAAGGGGACCUCCCCCACCCGGGCUUACAAGGAUUGA